UUUAUUGAAUAGGCUAGGGCUGGGUCGGUAGUUCCGCUUCCCCUUCGCCAUAGCGGAAUUAUCCCAGGGCCGAAAAGAUAGAAGAAAAGUUGCAUUGUAAAUAGUUGUAGACACGUUUUUACUAAGUUAUUUGUACGCGCUGCGUACCGCCAAGGCCCCAUGUAACAGAGGAAGUACUUUUAACGGAUUUACAAACGUUUUCCAGACCGUCGAGGAUCGUCCCGGUGUCAAGUUCUAUUCAAGUUUAACUGGUGUGGAACCUCCGGUGCCACUUGGUGCUUCCUUUCUCUUCUGCUGCCACUUUCGGCCCAUCCGCCUGUGGCGCAUGAGCACAGCAGUGCUUCAUGUUGAUGUGAGCGCUGCCCCGCUCCCUCUCUGUUUGCCACCCUGUCCAUCCUUGCCCACUGAGCUCCUCAAGCCCUUGUAGCCCUGUGAGGCUCUAAACAACCUAUAGCCAUGUGUGAUAACGGAGAUCCUGAGGAUAAACCCCCUGCCCCUCCGGUCAGGAUGAGCAGUACCAUCUUCAGCACCGGCUCUGGCAAAGACUCACUCUCGGCCAACCACAGCUCUAAACCUCUGCCCUCUGUGCCCGAGGAGAGAAAACCUCGUAACAAGAUCAUCUCAAUCUUCUCUGGGGCUGAAAAGGGUGGUAGAAAGAAAGAUAGAGACAAAGAACGACCAGAGAUCUCACCACCUUCAGAUUUUGAACACACCAUACAUGUUGGGUUUGACGCUGUCACAGGGGAGUUCACUGGUAUGCCAGAGCAAUGGGCUCGACUUCUCCAGACCUCAAACAUCACCAAGUCAGAGCAGAAGAAAAACCCACAGGCUGUGCUCGACGUUCUAAAGUUCUACGACUCUACAGGCAACGGUCGUCAGAAGUACCUCAGCUUCUCAUCUUCUGAAAAAGAUGCGUUCACCCCUGGGCCUCAGUCUCCUGUCAAAAAAGGCACUGAACCCUCUUCUCCGAAUAUCAAAGACAUUGAUGAUGAUGACGAUGAUGAAGCUCUUCCCCCUGUUGUGGCUCCGAGACCUGAACACACAAAGAGUGUGUAUACUCGCUCCGUUAUUGACCCCAUCCCUGCUCCAAGCCACUGUGUAGACAGAGAUGUUGCCUCCAAGGCUGCAGACAGACAGAAAAAGAAGGGCAAGAUGUCAGACGAGGAGAUCAUGGACAAACUGAGAACCAUAGUCAGCAUUGGGGAUCCCAAGAAGAAGUACACCAGAUAUGAAAAAAUUGGUCAGGGGGCAUCAGGAACAGUAUUCACAGCCAUUGAUGUUGCCACGGGACAGGAGGUAGCCAUUAAACAGAUCAACCUACAAAAGCAGCCCAAGAAGGAGCUGAUCAUCAAUGAGAUUUUAGUGAUGAAGGAGCUGAAGAAUCCCAACAUUGUCAACUUUUUAGACAGUUUCCUGAUGGGGGAGGAGCUGUUUGUGGUGAUGGAGUAUCUGGCCGGUGGCUCACUGACAGAUGUGGUCACAGAGACCUGUAUGGAUGAGGCCCAGAUAGCUGCUGUCUGCCGAGAGUGUUUACAAGCAUUGGAUUUCCUGCACGCAAACCAGGUCAUUCACAGAGACAUCAAAAGUGACAACGUGUUGCUCGGCAUGGAUGGCUCUGUCAAGCUGACCGAUUUUGGCUUCUGUGCCCAGAUCACUCCAGAGCAGAGCAAACGCAGCACCAUGGUAGGCACGCCUUACUGGAUGGCUCCUGAGGUGGUGACCAGAAAGGCUUAUGGGCCUAAAGUAGACAUUUGGUCACUGGGUAUUAUGGCCAUUGAGAUGGUCGAAGGAGAGCCUCCCUACCUGAACGAGAACCCACUACGAGCAUUAUACCUGAUUGCCACGAACGGCACACCCGAGCUUCAGAACCCAGAGAAGCUGUCUCCAGUCUUCAGAGAUUUCCUCAACCGUUGUUUGGAAAUGGAUGUAGAGAAAAGAGGCGGAGGCAAAGAGCUGCUGCAGCAUCCAUUCCUGAAGCUGGCCAAGCCCCUCUCCAGUCUCACACCUCUCAUCCUAGCAGCCAAGGAGGCCAUGAAGGGCAAUCGUUAGCUGAUGAAAAGAGCUACCCUGCCUUCCCAUGCUGUGCACAGAUACGUGCCAACCAUUUAGAUUUCGUGCCAGACAAUAGGCUGAGAGUGACUUGCCGCUCUUGAUGCACCAGCCUUAUAAGCCCUGACAAACCUCACUGUGAAGAAGACCAAAAAUAUAGAGCACAACUCCACCGCUGUCCACAUGAACUCUAUUCUCACUCAGACGUCAGAAGACAAGUCAAACUAAAGUGCUUAGUUUCAGAGUCAGGCGUAGUUAUUUUGUACAACAAAUCUCCUGGUGACAAGUUAGGGCUAGGCUUGUAUUUAACUUGGAAUGAAGAAGAUGCCUAGUUCUAUUUAGUUUUUUUUAAUCAACUGCCUUAAACAAAUGCAAAAUGUUGCCUAAUGUAUUGUUGAUUGUGUCAAUGUUUCUCUUCCCAUGAUUUUUACUACCUUUGUAAUUUACCUUUUCAGCUUGUCAGUGUCUUAGUUAUUUUGAUACUUGAAUUUCAUAUUUGUCCCCCUUCUUGUUAUAUAGUUGGUCUCAUUCAGUGAACACUCUUGCUAUUUCCACAUUGACUCGUGUUUUAUGGACAUUUUCUCUUACCGGUUUUUAUAGGAAACAUUUCAGUACGUUCAUCAUCAUAAACACGUGCUGUGAUUGUGUUGUUCUUCGACUGCCACACCUGACAGACCUACUGUACCAGUUCUUCCCUUGUAUUAGUCUCCUGAUACCAGAGGUGCACCUUACAGGCAAAUUAAAAUGUUAGAUUGACAGGGUUUAUACUUUCUUCUUUAUUGAUGUUAUUAAAAAUGAGUAUUGUAUGUCAAA